AUGGUGAUAUGCAUAGAAUGUCGCUACCCGGUGAAGAAUCUCUACACCACCUACAGCAAAGCCGAUGACCGCACUCUGGGCAAAGGCGUCCGCCUCACGCAAUGCCCGCGCUGCAAGCGCUUUGCCGACAAAUACGUCGAGCAUGACUUCGUCGUCCUCUUCAUCGACCUGGUCCUGAUCAAGCCGCAAGUGUACCGACACUUGCUCUUCAAUAAAUUGGGAAGAGAGGACGACAAGUUCGAUCCCUCCAUCGUCCGCCUCGGCGUCCUCCUCUUGCUCUUCGACGUCUAUCUCACCUGGGCGCGCAUCGAGAAAGCCUUCCCAAUCCCCUUUGCCCCGCUGUCGUCCGUCCAGACACCCGGUCAGACUUCCCUGCUCUCCGCGCAGCCGCUCGUGCUCCAAUACCUCUUCUUCCUCGCGCUCGUCUUCUCUGAAACCGUCGCGUUUCAUGUCCCCAUCCGGCUGAUCUGCUCGCAUAUGCCUCGAUUGCCUGCGCUCGACGUGCCUGCGUGGACAGCGCGUGUACCCGUGCUGAAGCUGUUCGUGCGGCGAACCGUCGUCACGGAGGAGAAGGAGACGGAUACCAGUGGUCCUUCGGCUGGGGUUGUUGAGAAAUACACGAUUCCGCUGUCGCCGCUGCCGUACUAUCCGCAUCCGGUACCGCUGAGCACGGCGUUGCUGGUGAGCUCGUGCACGAAGCUGUUUCCCAUCUUGCUCAUUAUCUGGGAGUACGACCUUCCGUCUGCGGCGACGGCAGUCAGCUGGGCAGUCAUUGUCAAUAAUGUUGCGGCGCUGCAGAUACUGAUGGAUUGUGGAUACGUGCAGGCAAUGAUCUUGGUUGCGAUUGGGGCGGUGUUGAGAGGUCUUGUGGCGUGGUGUAUACUGGGCAUCGCAGGCCUGACUGGCACAGACGGUAUGGGCGUUCUGGACGGUAUAGGGCUAGGUUGGCAGUCUGAGUGA